AAGACGGCUCUGCACUUGUGAAAAGUCCCAGUUCCGGAGAUGGGAGUCUGGGCAGGCCAAUCCUUCAAGUAAACGGAUCCCAAGCUAGUGAGGGCUUUGUAUACUAAUAGUUGCCCCUCUAAUGUGGCUGAGUAACAAACCAGAAGUGUAGACUGAAAUGCUGUUUGAUGGUGUUGAGGGGAAGGAUGUAGAGAAACAAGCCUCUCCCUCUUCCUGUUACUGAAGGAAUCUCUGUGAAAAACAAGACCUAUCAUUGGGUAUGUUUUUGCUAGAAUGAACUUAGUUGAACAUUGAGGAAGUGAGCUUCCCCCUGCCUCCGCCAUGAAACCUCAAAUCGGCCUGUUUCCUGUUUCUGUGAGAAAAAACACAUAAAGCUGUAAGUAAGUUUCAAAUGGAAGCGAGCGUGCAGAUAGAGAUAUCUGCUCUGCCUGCACCUAACUUGCUUCACCCCAAAAACGAACGGGCGUGGACAAUGAAGUCCCCUCUCCACAGAGUCCUGGUGUUGCAUCUGAUGGGAAUCUUCACAGGAGACAAUCUGGUCUCCCAUAGCUCCAGCCCAAGACAAGACCGUUUUUUAGGUAACGAGUUAACGCUUGACAUGGCCCUGGAUUCCUUCGAUGACCAAUACGAGGGCUGUGAACAGACGAUGGAGAAGGAGAUUGCACGGCUAAACCAAACCGAGCUCCUCAAAAACAAAAUUUAUGCCAAAGCCUGGAAAUUAGCAGCCAACUCGAGGGAUGAUAGUAACUGGCCCAGAAACCUCAAGCCAGAGUACGCUGCAGCAAUCAUGGCUUAUACCUUUGAAGAACCCAAGUUGUAUUCUGAUUUCAACGCAGCUGUAAGAAGAGCUGGGGAAUCCAAGGAACAUUACCGGAAUAAUUUCAACUUCAAGACCUUCCACUUUCUCCUGACCAGAGCCCUUCAGGACCUGAGGACCUCCAACACCCCCAGCCCCCCCUGCUACAAGGUGUUUCGAGGGGUCAGCAAUAUCCACUUCAGCGCUACUGUUAAGGAUAUGGUCCGUUUUGGGCAAUUCACGUCCUCAUCACGGCAAGAGGGGAUUGCCCAUGGUUUUGCUGCAGAUCCUGAAUCAAGAGUUGGGCAGCCUUUAGCCAAAACCAUCUUUGAGAUUUACACUUGUCAUGGGGUUCUCAUCAGAGAAUUUUCUGACAUGCCCGUUGAAGACGAGGUUCUGAUCCCACCCUAUGAGCAGUUCAGGGUUGUAAGUUCCAGAAAGGAUGCGGAUGGUGCAACCCGCAUACAGCUCCGCUCUGUUGGGAAAUUCAGCAAAUACAAUUGUGCAUAUGCAAGUGGUAAGAACCCAAGCAAUUACUCCUGGGAUCAGAGAAUAGCCAAGUUUCUUUCUUUCUUUCUUUCUUUCUUUCUUUCUUUCUUUCUUUCUUUCUUAAAGGUUGUUUUUAGAGGGCUAACGGUGCCCUAUAUCUGGGAUGGGGACCCUCAGGCCCAGGAGCUGAAGGAAGAUGCCUCAGAACUCUCCCUUGGCCACAGCCCUUUGCCUCCUGGGCUCCACUCCUUGCUGGCUCAGCUCUGCAGCCUCCUCAUGUACUUUUCGCGGUGUGGAAUGUGUGGGAACUAUGAGGACGGUGCUGUGGGCCAAGGGUCACCCAAUGUUUUGGACCAGUGGGAACACUUCGAAUUCUGA